AUGGCGAUUUUGAGGUAUCUGGCUCGUAAAUACAAAGUGGCCGAUCACUGGUAUGCGGACGACCUGAAGGUCGUAACGCUGCGACGGACGGGAAAGCCGAUGGACGAAGCCGAACUGACCGAAAAAAUCGAGAGAUUCGACAAGUCUCUCAGAACAAUCGAGAAGGUGUUUCUAAUUGAGGACAAGGAGUAUGUUGCUUCGGAGGAAAUCAACAUCGCCAAUAUAUGCUCUGAUGCAAGUCCUUCCACGAGGACCGACGUGCUGGCCAACCACCCAAAACUCGCUGCCUGGAAGGAGAGAGUUGAGCAGCGACUCCGCCCGGACUACGACGAUGUUUUUAAGGAUCUCUUUGAGUUUGACGCCAAAACCUAA